AUGGCCCGAAAUGACGCCGUGGUCACGCCGUUUUACAUGGAGAAGCUUGUGUAUAAUUUAUGGUUCUGUCACCCGAAUCUUCUCGUGCUCCUCAUCUGCCAACCUGCCACUCAUCUGGUCAUGCUCUACGGCCGGCCAUUCCGGCAUAUCCUGUUCUUCGUCGGCGUCCUGGACAAUACCGUCAUCAGAUGGUGGAACACUUUUCAGGAUACGCUGGUGAGCACCACCUUCCUGAUCGUGCUCGCCUACUCGAUCGAGCGGAUCGUGGCCAUGGUGUAUGUGCAUACCUACGACGAGAUGUGGACGAAGCGGCCGACGCUGGGGAUUGGACUGUAUUUGGGAGCGCUCAUCUACUCUUUCUUCCUGAUCAUCGUCUACAAUUGGGGCUUACCCCUGCCCUUGGUCUACGGUAGCCAAUAUGUGCUUUUUACCGUCACCAGUUUGUUCUUUGUAUUCUUGCGAAUCGCGAGUGGGAGGGCCUAUAAAAAAGUGGCCGAGCGGAAAGAAGCCACUGUAAAUGAGAGAUUCGACACAGCCCGAAAUCUGAAAGCUUCCCAGCUUCUCCUCCGGGUCGCUCCCUUCAAAUGCCUGACCAACUACGUCUCGCUUGGGUGUUAUUUCUGGGUGUGGGAGCUUCACACCCCAGAAUAUUACCCGUUGUAUGGGGUGCUGUACUAUUACCUCAGCCAUUUACAGCUCUACGUCCAGAUGCUCUUGACGAUCCUGGGCCAUUCUGUACUUGAGGAAGAGGCCCUCGCAUUAAUAGGCAGGGCGAAAGGGGAAAAGCCGGAGGAAAUCAUCGAAAUGUGCUCCCUCGUGCUCCUCACCUUCUGCGUUUGGGGCUACGUGCGUAUUCUGAAGCGAAGGGAGUUUUGUCACCCUAACCUGCUGCUGCUCCUCAUCUGCCAUCCUAUAACGCACCUGGCGGCGCUCUAUGGCCGGCCGAUCCGACACGCUAUCCACUUGCUUGGAUUUUUGAGCACGAGGAUUCUCUUCUAUUGGAAUCUGAGUGUGGACACAUUGGUGAGCACCACCUUCCUGAUCGUCAUGGGCUACACGAUCGAGCGGAUGGUGGCCAUGCGAUAUGUGCAUCGGUAUGACGAGAUGUGGACGGAGCGGCCAACGCUAGGGAUUGGGCUGUUCAUUGGAGCGCUCAUCUACUCCUUCAUCCUGUUGCUCAACUACAACCUGUGGCUCCCGCUCAAUAUCGCAUACGGAGCCCAAUACGUCCUCUUCGCAACCACUUCAUUUUUUUUCAUAUAUCUUUAUCUCAAAUGCAGAAAAGCCUACCGAAAAGUGGCGCUCAAAAAGGAGUCGACCGUCAAUGAGAGAUUCGACACGGCGCGAAAUCUGAAGGCCUCGAUGCUGCUGCUAAAAGUUGCCCCAUUCAAGUGCAUCACCAACUUUGUUUCGCUCUGUUUGUACUAUUGGAUCUGGGAGAUGCACAGUCCGGAGUGUUUUCCAUUCUAUUCCGUCCUGUACUUUUACCUCAGCCAUCUGCAGCUCUACUUCCAAAUGAUACUCACGAUUCACGGCCACGCCCAACUGCGGGAAGAAUUUUUCUGGAUGCUCGGUCAGAAGCGCGAUGACAAUCCGGAGCGGGUCAAAAAUGUGCUCGGGCGGAAGAUGAUCUUUUCGGAGCAGGAGCAGGCGAUGAUGUACUUCAACCAGGUGAGCAAAGUCUGGGACUCCUCCAGGGGCGAGAAGGGCCAAGCGCAAGCUCGCGCUCCCGGACGGCUUCUCCCCCUCAGAAAUACACGGGUUUACGCGGCCACCGAAGCGCCACAUAGCAUACAA